AUGGCGGAUAAGAGCUUCUGGGCUAAAUUCUUCCGCGAUGCUGGAUUGAGUGCCGAUUUGUCGCUGAAAUAUAGCACAAUUUUUGUUGAGAAUCGAAUGACUUUGCAACAUCUCCUACAUUUAACCAAAGAUCUCUUAAGAGAAAUGGGUAUUACUGCUGUUGGCGAUAUAAUAACAAUUAUUCAGCACAUCAAGUCAGUGGAUAUUGAGAAAUUAUCCGAGGUUCAAGUUUCGUCUGUUGUUUCUUCUACAACACAAAAUUCAGAGAAACCCGUCAUUCCUCCUGGUCACGAACUACCUGUUCCAGUCAAGAGACGUGUUACUAAGGAAAUAGAAGGUUCUUAUGUGGUUAAGCUACCUGAGGGUAAGACUGAAAAGACUCGUCAGAUUCUUCAAAAAUUAUCUAAGGGUAAAUCAUAUUUACUAAUUAUUCCAGAUAUUGUAGCGCAAAAUAACUCGACACAAGUGACCAGAAAGGUAAUAUUUACGUCUCCUCCUACUGUCCAAGAGGAUUACGAUGAAGAGAGUGAUGAUGACAAUUUUGAAGUUACCAUUUCAAGUACGAGUCCUGAUUUUCGACUUACAAAUGUGCGAUCCUCUUCAGGAUCCUGCCGCUCAUCAGUUUUUGAUCGUCUUGGAGCCGAAGUAAAAUUGAAGCGGUCACCGUCGCCAACAGAUGCAAAAAGCGUCUUCUCUCGGCUUGUGAAUCGAUCUUUAGCUGCAAACUCUGCUGAGGUCUCGCGGCCCCAAGGUAAUUUCAAUAAGCUAAAACGAUCGGCAAGUGAAUCAAUCUUUUCUCGUCUUGGUACUCCACUGAACAAAUCAAGGCGUUUGGAGAGUACAGAUAGCUUGCCAUAUCAAGGAAUACUAAAAAACACAAUUCCUUCUAGUGUCAGUGCAAAUCCGGUGUCAGAUAGUUCUCGUACAAUAAAUCGGCGGUUCUCUCCUAUUUCAACCGUCUCAUCACAAUCUGUGCCUAGAGUUUCUGCCAAGAGUCGCCUUGGUUACCUUCCUUCAAACGGCCGUCGAUCUGCUGGGAUUUUUGAAGCUAGUCCUAAAAAUGAAGCAGAUCGGAAUAACUUCAGAACUCCCGGGGGUGGUCUAAAGCACCCCUGUCAACUAUUUGUUUACUGCGCCUCUGCUUGGGACUUGAAUAUCACAAUUUUAAUUACCGCCUAA